CGCACACACACCUUAAGCACAACAAUUGGCACUCUCACACUUCAACUCUUCACCUUAAACCGACUACACUUUACGGGAAUAAACUGAAUAAAGACCCGCAUUUAACGAAAGAGGACUUCACAAAAGAGGUUACUUCCACUGCUUUUGAAGAACUGUUGAAGUGUUUGGACUCAGGACCCUGAGCAUUUACAAUCGAAUGCGAACUUGGAGCAGGACUGCAUAUCGGACAGAUCUCCUGUUUUGAUUUGCACUGUCGGGGUACUGCCUACUAAUUUGUUUUCUCUGACAGAGGGAACAACGUCAAAGCUGUGCCACUACUUCUGCUGUGCAGCUUUUCCAGUAAGUAAUCUAUCUCCUUUUUUGAGCUGUCCAUGACAAUGCCUGUGGUCAAAGUGGAGAAAGACUCUCCAGCAGAUACCACCUUGCUUGCCUCCAAUCCUCCACCGCAGACAGAGGAGCAGCCACGGGGUCGGAGGAGGAAGAGACCUCUCCAGCGCGGGAAACCACCAUACAGCUACAUUGCCCUCAUCUCCAUGGCUAUUGCCAACUCCCCUGACCGCAAACUAACACUGGGGGGUAUCUACAAAUUCAUCACAGAGCGCUUCCCCUUUUACAGAGACAAUUCGAAGAAAUGGCAAAACUCAAUCCGCCAUAAUCUGACUCUGAAUGAUUGUUUUAUCAAGAUCCCUCGAGAGCCAGGACGACCUGGGAAAGGCAACUACUGGGCACUGGACCCAAACGCUGAGGACAUGUUUGAGAGUGGCAGCUUUCUGAGACGCAGGAAGAGGUUUAAGCGCUGCGACCUGAGCACAUACACUUCAUAUGUGCAUGAAACACCAGUUUUUUCCCCCGUUCAGAUUACCAGACCAGCUGCGUACACCAACUCAGUCUAUCCCAACAUGACACUCAGUCCCACAUAUGGACAGCAGCUGCCCUCUGCCUACUAUCCCUCUUCUUCGCCUCCAGGGUUUGGGCACAGUCAGACCCGCAUGUUCAGCAUCAACAACAUCAUAGGACAUCCGACUCCAGCCAGCAUGCUGGCAGGUCAAGGACCAGAGGUGAUGCAGCAGCAAAGCCGGAGCUUCAGUCCCGAAGGGCUUCCGAAUGGAUCCAGUCCCUGCAGCUUGGGAGCUCCGGGUUUCCAGAGUCAACCGUGCGGGGGAUCUGUGCCACCCCGCUCAUCUACACAUCCGGCGUUCACCUACUCUGGACAAAACAGCCAUCCGCACCAACAUGCACACCAGGGCUCGUACGGACAGGGUCACACCCAGGGCAUGGGGUACGCAGCAGGAGGACGGAUCCACGCAUCAGCUCACGGCCCUGCAGAAACAGUGGACCAUUACGGCAGGGUCUCCCCAGUGCAGCUGGGGUCUUUCUCCCAGUAUAACAGCGCUGCAGGUCCUAUUGGAAACACUGGGGGAUACUUCAGACACCCCACCUACCCGGGGAAUAUGGACCGUUUUGUUUCUGCUAUGUAAGCUACAGAGAAUGUAAAGCCCAGCAUCUCACUACCUUUUGUUUUUUGUUAGUUUUUUUUUUAAAACAGAGACUUGAGACGGCACCAAAUGAGCCAGACAUUUCUGUGCACAAAAUCCCACUGCUUUGUCUUUGUUCUUGACAUUUAUCAAGGACAAAACUGAGCAGACUGACCUCUCUUAACACCACUGUGAUUUUCUGAGUAAUUGUAGAACCCAUUUUCACUGCUGAUAAUAACUUACUUUAGAUAUCCAUUAAGCUGUUUGGUUUUAAUGUCUAGGCCUUUUAAACAGCAAGUAUGUGACUGUAAAAUACAUAUAAUUUUGUGUGCUGUUACAUUUUUUUUGUUACAACUGGAAUGUGCAAGUUGAAUAUUUUACACUACUGUUGAGUUUAAAUGAAAUAUUUGUAUAAAUUAUUGUGCUUCGUGGUCAUAGGCUUUGCAGCAAGUGGCUUGUGUGAAAAAAAUAUCAGCUUGUAUUUUGUUGCCAAGUAAAAAUGCAUUUUUAGUUUGCUUUUCUUGGAAAUAAACAAAUGUUAAAGCACCUUUGUUCUAUAAGAAUAAAAGAUUUUAAAUUUGUGACGA